AUGCGACGACGAGCUACUAUUCUGGCUGAUCUUCAGCAGCAUGGAGACAAGAUCUCCUUCAAGCCCGGCGACAACAACAAGUCCAAGCUGACCGUGUCCGUCAACGCCCCUCGACAGGACCGCUUCUCGGCGCCCGUUUCUAACGCCGAUCUCGACGUGUUGAACCACGUGGCCGAUGUUUCAGUGGCAUGGGGACGACCCAGUGCUGCCCAGCAGCCCGUGCUGUUUGCAGCUGCUUACGAGCCCGGUCUGCACGUGACCGUGGUCAAGAAGCAGGCGUCGGAGCCCCGCAAAUGGGGCGAGGAGAAGCCCUCUGAGGCUGCUCCUGAGCUGGUGCACGUGGCCAAGUUCCUGGAGGAGCAGCUUGGUCUGCCUGUGGAUCCCAAGACCUUCAUCGAGUCGCGAUCCGACUACACCUACUACGACCCUCUUGUCGGUCCCGAGGCAUUUGGCCACUUUGUGGACAAGCACUCUGCCUGUUCCGAUGAGUCCGAGGAGUUUGUGAAUGACCUGGACACUUUCAACUACGCCCAGAGUGCGUCUUUCCACAUUGAUCACGACAAGAAGGAGCUGGUGACAGAGGUGACCAUCCCCGAUCUCGAGCACUACUUCAACCAGAAGAAGCAGCACAUUUCGCGGGCGUGCAAGAACGACCGUCUGGAGGUCGGGAUCUUCGAUCUCAACAACCUGGCCACUUCCUACGCCUUUCGAGGAGUUGCCGAGCUCAAGGGCCUGCUCCAUGACUCUACCAAGGAGAAGCCCCAAGAGACCUUCCUAGUGAUCGAGCCUCGACACAACAUCGGUGCUGGAUCUGUGUCUGUGGACUUUGAGCGUCCUGUUGGUCUGCAUCCCAAGUCGGAGCUCAAGCUGAGACACAUUGCCAUUCCUACCGAUCACAAUGACGAGAACGAUGGAGUCAAACACUGCAGACUGUUUGCCAAGUACUCCGCCCCCUCUUCUAUCUUCUUUGACAAGUAUCAGCUUGCGGACCUCGAGAGAACCACCUCUGAACACCCCAACGGUCAAGGACGUCUUCUUGCGCUGUGGGGAGAAGCCGAUCUUGAAGAACCCCGUUACCACACCGAGGGCUGGGGCUCCGAAGCUUUGGUUGAGAUCUUCCCCAUCACUGAUGCUCCCGAGGGAACCCCCUUCAACCUCAACUUCACUCUUCCUCUGCAUCUGCGGUACGAGGAGCCCAAGGAGGGAGAGACAUACGAGCCCAACGAGGCCCCCUGGCCCCUGGUGUUUUGGGUCUGUGCAGAGACCGAUGAGCAGUUGGCCAACUUCAAGCAAUCGCCCUUUGACGUGACCCACAACUCGUAUAUGCGUCUGUUCCCGGAGGGAGUGUCUUACCACCAUAUUGGACCUCGAGAGGCCAAUGGACGAGGAUUCCCUCUUCUGUCCACGUCUUGGGGAACUCCCGUGGCUGACAUUGAUCGGUUUGCCGCCGUCAGAGACUACACUUCUAUCAUGAUGGUAGCUGGUUUCCUUAUGGUCACCAUUGCUAUUCUGCGAAAGGUGUUCCGAGGUAAGGCUAUGAGUGAGGAGUUGAAGGAGAAGAAGGAGCAGUAG